AUGAAGAGUGAACGACCCAUGCAAAAAUUCUUGCUGCUUUUCUGCUCCAUCCUUCUCUUCUCAGGGACUCUGUGUGAUGCUCGCUGUUACUUCAGACCAGCCAGCAAAUAUGGGUGCCUUUCAAACAGAAACCUCUAUGUUUUUGGUGCGGUAUGGAAGACUGAUGAUUGUUACCAGUGCAAGUGUAAGAUGACUGCAAUGAUUUGCUGCAGCUUGGUUUUAAUCCCCAAGAACUAUGACAGGGUGAACUGUGUUGGCCUGUUCCACAAGAAAAGCUGUUCCAUUCGAGUGGUAAAGAAGACUAAUCCUGACAUAAGCUGCAAAGUCUACAAUGGAGUUGGUUAA